UUGCUGCAUCCUACGGUAGGACACAUUGGACGACCAGACACCGAACAAACCGAGACGAAAGCUUCAACAUUCCUCGCUCUCCUUCACUUACCUUCGACUGUAAUAUACAAGAGCGAUUCCGAAUCAGAAAGCGCAAAGACACGCAGGAGCAAACGAUGGGCCGCCGGAUCGGAGAGCUGUCGUGGAACGGGGACGCCGGAGCGCCGCUCGGCGAGCCGCUGCUGUACGCGACCGUGUGCAUCGUCGGCCUCCCCGUCGACGUCCACGUCAAGAACGGCUCCGUCUAUUCCGGAAUCUUCCACACUGCUUCCGUCGAAGGUGUUAUUUUGAAGAAAGCAAGGAUGACUAAGAAGGGGAGAAGCAAUUCAAAUGUGGCAAGUGGAUGUAUGAUAGAAACGCUUGUGAUUCUCUCGGAAGAUCUUGUUCAGGUCAUUGCCAAGGGAGUAGAGCUUCCAGCUGAUGGCGUUACUGGAACUAUAGCUGGGGAUGAAUCAGAAUCGGCAACUGGAACUGCUUCGCACAACGUCGCAAGAGUGGACAAUAGGUUCGGUACUAUUACCACUAGCAAGAGGAGACCCCAUCAAAGAAAGACUUCAGUUCCAUCUGAAAAUGGAUUGACUGAUGGAGAUUCAUGUCGAACCUUCAAAGUCAGUUCGCCAAGACAAGCAGAAAAUGAGAAUGAGGGAAAAAGUAUGUCAAUCGAAGUAGUCGAAAAUGUCUCUGAAGAAGGAAUUGAGAAAAGGGGCAGGAAAAUCCCCAUUAUGGGAGGAGGAGCUUUUGAUGCAUCAGCAAAUGAAAGACAGGCUGAUGAAAAUCCACAAGUCAAACAGGAUGAUUCUAACAGGGUGUCUGAGAAUCAAGGGGGCGAUAAAGCUUCUGCAAUGCAAGGUUCAAGUCCAAGCUUGGAUGCUUGCCUUUCCCUAGUAAAACCUGUUGAUGGAACACAUUCAGAAUUGCUGCCACCAUUGCAACCUAAUGAAGGAUCCCAUGUUACUGCUUCUGUACCUGCAAAAUCAAAUAAUGAGACCUAUUGUAGGCCAGUUUCAGCAGAGAAUGCUGCUUCUGGCUGCGGUUUGGCUUCUACUCUAUCUGUAGUUGGUACCUCCGGCAGAAGCCUUAGUUCAAUGGCAUCUCCAACUGACAAGGUUCAUUUACAAGGUCCAGAAUCAAACAAAAGGGCAAAGGAAUCUAAACUUAACCCUGGAGCAAAAAUCUUUUCUCCUGCUCUCACAAAACCUGUACCAGCAACUCCACCCUUGGUACAAACAGGAAUGUCCUAUGUGCCUAGUGCCUCACCUUUGUUGCCUGUUGCAGCGGCUCAAGCAGAAGUGGGUACCAGCACUUAUGUACCCCAGCCAUCUGUGCCUGCUAAGGUUGUACAGUACAAUAAUUUCACUGCUGGAAACGGUGACAUAGGUGCUAUUUCGCAGGCUUUUGCUGGAAAUAUGGGGAGCAGGGCGCACCUACUUAGGUAUGGCGGUCAGCAUCAUGCUCUUCCACUAGGUUCUACUUUUGUUCACCCUAAUCCUCAAGCUGUCAUGGUUGGACGAAUGGGUCAGCUUGUAUAUAUGCCUGUUUCCCAGGAUCUGGUUCAGAGUGGAACUGCCAUCUCUCCAGCUUUUCCGCGCCCUUUGCCGACCAUAAGUCAAGUCCAGUUUCCAAAGCACCAAGGAACUCUUCCUGGUCAACCGUUUGUGCAUCAACCUACAGUUGGUGGGCAGCAACUAUAUGCAGCUGCAAGCCCCCCGCCGCUGUUGCAAUCUCCCUUCCUCACUAACCGGCCCAUUUCAGUCCCUGGAGCUAACGGGCUCUUUAACGCCAAGAUUUUGUGAAUGUAGUCCUCUUCCUUGAGAUCAGCGUCAAACAAAGAAAUUUUGUCCAUUUUUCCCUCACUACGGAGGAGCUUUUUUUUUUUUUUUGGGUAGAAACUAUGGAAGAGUUUGAUUGGUCAUUUUUCCUCUCGAUUAAUAUUUUUUGUCGGGCUUCAUCAUAUAGGUUUUUCUUUCUGUAAGUUUGAAAGUGAGUGCACUGUUGGGGAAAUCGUUGUAAGACCUGGUCAAGGGAUUAUUAUUUGAUUAUACAAGGUUCUUUGUUUCGAUUGUGAGGUAGAA